AUCCAUAACGCCCAAAAAUUAAAUCCCUCAACCUCUAUCCUCACAUACGGAUAUUCAGAUCAUUGCCCAAUAUUUGAUUAAUAUUCCUUCUAUCAAAAUGUCAACAGAAGUGGCCCCUACCGCUCCUGCAGCUGAGUCGACCGUCCUUCCACAAGGAAUGCGCAAGAAUGGCAAACAAUGGCACCCCGUGAAGAAAGCUUUCCGACCAAAGGCUGGAAAUACCUCAUAUGAAAAGAGAAAGGCAAAUGAUGAGGCUAUAGCAGCUACUAAGGCCAAAGAAAAGGAGAUGAAGGAGGAGAAAGAAGCUGCAAGACAGGCCCAUAUUUCAAAAAUCAAGGAAAAGCGCGCCAACAAGGAGGAAAGAGAACGAUACGAGAAAAUGGCCGAAAAGAUGCACCAGAAGCGCGUUGACAGAUUAAAGAGAAGAGAGAAGAGAAACAAGAUGUUGAAGUCAUGA